AUGAACAAAAUAGUCGCUGUUCGAAGAGUCCUUUAUUCCAUUAUCUGUAUGAUGUUAUUGUGUUCCUUAGUGGUUACUGUCAACUAUAAUUAUGCAAAUGUUGCAUAUAUAGCGGAACCAUUUGGUUUAAAUUUGAUGGGGAGGCCACUAAUGAAUACUACAAGAAAAAUUGCAUUUGUUUCACGUCAUAAAGGAACUGUAAACGAUUUUCAAUACGUUGAAAAAAACUUGAAGUUAGAAAACGUCGACUACUUACUAUACUAUGGGAUUGAUUUCAAAGAAAUUGGUACUAAUGAAACUAUGGCAAGAGAAAUCUGUAAAGAACACGAUACUGUAGUUGUAUCCGAUUGUUUAUCGGAUGGUUGGGAGUUUAUAAAAAGCAAGGAUAUAGGCUGUAGCAAUAUUGUUUUUAUUGUCUCCACUAGAUACGACGCUUGCAUCCAGCCGGAAGAUAAAGAAGCAUUCAAUAAAGAUUUUAACAAUGCUUUGAAUCGUGAAGACGGCUGCAAGCUUACCAUUAUCCCAAAUAAUGCGUUCGAAAUACCGUAUAUGAAAUAUCACAAAAUUCAGUUGAAAGAAGAUUACCCUUUAAUAAGACCUUUCGGAAAUGCAGAGUCUGAUGCAAUUGAUAUAGAGAAAGAAUCUGAUUAUCCUCCCUGUCUCAUUAUUAAUAGAUUUGAAGCAAAUACAAACUUAUUAAUGAGAAAAAUGAAAGAAAAUAUGGAUUAUGUUUGUAAAGUUAUGCCAAGAUAUUAUGGUGGCCCAGGAACACUGAGUAAAUACGAUUCGAUUGUUGUUGACUUACCAUAUCAAGUUUCAGUAAUGAAAAUGUGGGAAAAUAUUGCAGCUGGCGUUCUAAUAGCUAUUCCAUCACCUUCUUUUUUCAAAGAACUCCGUAAGGAUGGUGAUUAUAGAGGUGCGAGAUUAUCUAAAGCUGCAGAGAUAGGGGGUCAGGACUGGUUCAAAAAUAUUGAUUUAUACUUACCAGAUUUUGAAAAGUGUUUCAUACAAUUUGAUAGUUGGAGUGCUUUGGAAAUUAUUCUAACAGAGCAAAAAUAUAAAAAUAAUAUUGGGUUUUGUAAGAAUCUCAUGAAAGAACAGAGAGCUGAAUCAUUACAAAAAUGGAGAGACUUAUUUAAUGCCAUGGAUUGA